AUGCUGACACUGGUUGGGGAAGGAUUGUCAGUGGUUGUUGAUAAGCUGAGACUGCUUGCUGAAGUGCUGACACUGGUUGGUAAACAGCUGACAUUGGUUGGUGAAGUGCUGACAGUGGAUGCUGAACAACUGACACUGGUUGGUGAUAUGUUUGAGGGCUGUUUUGGGUGUUUUUGAAGUUUAAUACUUACGGUCACAAAAGCUCUGAAAUUCAAACAUAUUCAACAGCAGACGAACCUAUUUGAACAGAACAUUUUUUAAUAAGUGUUAUUGCCUUUUAAAUUAAGACAUUAUUGUAACAGGUAAUCGUGAAAUGUGACAUUCAAUCACAUUGACUUGCAAAGCAAGUCUAAUCACUUCGAUAAGCAAACCAAAUGUCUGUCGUGGAACGUACUCAUGCGGAGAGACACUUCUUCGACUCUCCCCUCCCUCCGUGACGCCGAGAGCUACCUCUACGUCUAUUCUUUGCUAUUGUGGUAAAAACUUGCGUAAGUUGUUGUAUCUUGCCGUUAAGGAUUAAAAUAGCUAUCAUUCUUUGCUUUUUUAAUGGUUUUAUUUUCAUGGCUUAAAGGCAUGCUUACUACAAUCGAUCCGGCAAAAGUUUGUUUUGUUGUUAUGGGUUAACAGAUUUGGAAACAGUUGAAUUCUCGGCCCUGUGUCAUUGCUAUAUUUAGGUUGGCGCUAUUUCACAGUCAUGCAUAAGAAUUGACUGUUUUGUUUAUGCCUGAGUUAGUGUCUUGAUCACGCAACCUGGAACUCCUGCUUGUUGUGAAACUCGUAUCUGCCUUACUCAAAAUGCCAAAAAAUAAGAUGUCCUUUGUCAUGCUUUUAAACUUUGAUGAGUUCUGAAAUGUGUAAGGCUUCUGCGCAAAGGAACGGCGGGUCGUGGUUAGCGGAAUUAUUUGACAUAGAAUCUUCGAACGCUAAAUUUAGAAGUGUUUGUCAUGCUUAUGUAAGGUUGGUAAAAUUACUUCCGCGUAUGUAUAACAACUACCCCGACCCUACUAAGUCAUACUUUUGUUGUGUUAAAAAAAAAAAAAAAAAUUCACAAGUUAAAUCUUACAGCGUUCAGUUUUUUUAUUUUCUCUUUUCUUUCUUUUUUUCUUUUCGGUGUUCUUAGUAAGUAAACAUCUUCGCUAAUCCGCUAGUUUUGUACCCCCUACCAUACCCCCUACAUCACCUUUUCUGAAUAGGGUAAUGUCUGGCUAUUACAUGCUAAAUGAGAUUUAAAUUACCCCGAGUCUCUCGGGAAAAACCCUAGCUUUUUUAGAGGCAACAAAAGGUGUUCGCUCAGCAUGCUAUCAUUUAAUUUCUGCAUCACUGAAACCUACUGAAACCAAAAGCACCCUCCAAUAGCAACAGGUGAAAGAUUUUACUCACUCUUGAGAGCGCUUUAGCGGGUACAGAGGAGAGCUAGCGCGCUACUUCUCUCAACGUCCUGUAUGACUGCUAAAAUUGUGUAUCAAGUUGUAUUUCUGUGCAGUGUGAUAGGAUUUCACUCAGUAUACGUAAGUAGCUUCCAUCACUUUCUUGCUAUCGGUCGAUAGUGGCCGUGUUAUUGAAUAUUUGUUCAACAUCAAGCAACGCGUGCAGCAAUACACGUAAGUGAUUUAAGAGGUAGCAGUCUUGAAAAAAAGAAGGAUAAGCGCGCGUUAUAUUCCAUACCAUAUCUCUUGCCAACAUAGUCUCAGCCUACAGUUAAAAUUAGGUUAGUUCUGUUGGUGAGGCGAGUUAUUAAAAGGCCGCAAAUGAGUUUCACUCGUAAUGAGGACAUUAAAAUUCUCCCGAGUUUUCAAUUACCUAAGUUCUCCUACUUUUGGCACACUAGCUUAAUAAAACCUUUACUCCUAAAGGAAUCAGAUAAAACUAGUAUUAAACUUGAGUGCAAUCGCUUAGUAGCUACUGGAACUAUUUUGCGCAAUAUGUGUAUUUAGCAAGUUGACAUGAUUUCACGUUUAAUUUAUACAUCGUUCAGCUCGUUAGUAAAGCUAAUUUACUGCGUUAUAAAGUACAGUGCAUAGUAGAGUCGAUAAAACAGUGAAGGCAUGUAGGGUAAUCAAUUUUUGACACUGUUUUUCUUCGAGUGUAAUAAAACAGGUGAUAAAAUACAAUUUUCCUUAACAAAGUAUGAUAAUAUGUUAUAUCGACAUAUUCAAGAAAUCGAAACAUUAAAACAAAUGACCUUUGUCCUGUGUGUAAUUCAUUGAACUACAGAAACUUCCCGUUCCCAAUAUUGUGUUUUGUUUGGCAAUGUUUUUAUCAAUUGCUCUCUACACAAAUCUAUUGUUCUGGUUUUGAGACGAGGUGCUUGUCACUUCUGACAAUCAUAUCAGAUCACGUUUUUUGGAAGUUAGGUUAUUGCAUUGAAGGCUUGGUUACCUGACUGUGCCAGGUUUGUCCGGAAUUUUACGGUGAUCUGAAUAAACUAGGGACGAAACUCAAGUAAAAGUUGACUAAAAAUAGUAUUUCUUGAGUUUUAGCAUGUGGUCUAUAUAGUUCUUACUUUUAAUCUAUUAAGCACUGUUAUUAGUGCAAAAGUGACAGUAAACUUUUUAUGUUAUUAUUUUAACCUUUUUGUUUUGCAUUUUAGUCGCUGAAUAAAACUGAAGCACAUCACUCGCCUCAAACCAUUUGUCCCGGCCAAAAAUGUCCUCCGGGACAUUCAUCCUUUUGUCCUCAAAAUGCAACCAGGCGCUGCAUACAAUGCAAGGAAGGUACAUUCUCCUCUCACGCGUCUCGUAUGAAGGCAUGCAGGCCUUGCUCUCGUUGUCGUGAUGACGAAUAUGAAAUACGCCCGUGUACCCCAACUUCAAAUGUGGUGUGCAGGAAAUGCAGACAGUGCCCUCCUGGAUCUGAAGUAGAGAACUCCUGUGAAGGAAAGAAAGACACCGUUUGCAAGAAGUGCAAUACUCUUGAUUCUGGCAGAAAAUGCAAAAACAGAGGACUUCAAAGGACACCAGGUACUAAAUUCAGUAGGCAUGUUUCGUUAGUUUCUGACGUUGAAACAGAAAUAGCAAAAUCAAGGCUGCAAUCUAAGCAAAUUUUGAAGAUGCCCAGUGCUCUGAACAUGCGAAAACAAGGGUGCCCAAUAUAUGAUUUGUAGAAGGAAAAUAAGAGUUUUCAGUCAACAGGGAGCAAAAGUUAGGCGCCAGCAGCCCCUUGGCCCUGGUAGAGCACAGCCUUGGAAAUGAGACCCUCAAAUUAACUAAGUACCCUUUCCAUGGCCAAUUGACCCAAACUGUGAAAUCCUUUCUGGGAAGAUCAACACUGACUAACUUUGUGCAUAUCCUUUUGUUCCUUUUGCAGAUAUUUCUCACUCUGAGGGACGCAAAAUAUGGAAUAAAGAUCAACACGCUAAAGAUGCUUCUCUCGUAAAAGAUCAGAUUGAAAAACCUUGGUUCAGUGGUAGUAGCCAACCCACGCACCAUGUGAAACCUUCGCCAAAAAUACAAACGCUUCAAUCAACGUCCUCAAACGGUCCUACGCCAUCUGUAGUAUCCUUCACAUCCCGUCACGUGGUCAGCAUUACUUCGUUUGUCAAAGGCUCCACAAAGGACGUACCCUUCAAAGAGACAUUAAUCGAACCAUUCCCUGAUGUGCAGGCGACAAAGUAUUCACCCACUACCAGCCCAUCUACAAAUAGCGGAGGAUCUGACUUGAAGUACGCACGUGUCAUACACAUACAACAUGACCAGCCGAAAGUUCCAAGGCGUGCGCAUACGCGUCGAAAUGCCGAGCACAACGGUACAAGAAAAGCAUCCCCAUUUCCAGCGUUUCAGUUAUCAAGCAUGGCUUUUAAAGACGUCGGCUCUGGGACAAUGUUUAGUGUGCCAGAUAUCCGAGGAGUACCUGAAGUUUCCACGACAUUAUCUUCUGUACAUAGUAUGUCUACAUGUAUUUUAUAUCCCCCGUCCCCUGCCCCCUUCCCUUACUUGUACGGAAUGAUUACCGUGCCGCCAACAUUAAUGUUACAUUGCUGCUACUGGUUUGGUAAAUACCGAAUUAUAGGAUAUGCUGAUACAUUUUGACGCACAUCCUGCGGAAAAGGGUUACUCUUUCAUUCAGCCUUAACGAGGAAGUGGCGAUUACUAGACUGCUUAUUUACCUUUUAAAAUCGCAAAUAAGCUAUUGUGUUAUAUAUGAGUUUCAGGAGUUUUACUGAGGGUAGGCUUGGAAAAACAUGACAACGUUUUCAAGGGUUUUUGCCUGACUUUUGAGUCUAACAAAGUAGUGGAGAUUUUGCCUGCAAUGAAGCACAACGGGAUUUGACUCGUAAGUAAAAUGGAUAAAGUGGCAUUUGUUGUCUCAGACGGGUUCGGGAUUUAUCAGUCUGCUGUACACCAUUAAUAAUAUUGGUAAACAUUAUGCACUGGGCCGACUGGGACUCAUACCACGUGUCUAGUUUACGGCGCCCAAUUCCUUUCCUCAACGUAUAGCAACAUGAUAAUUGUUUCUUUCCUUACCUUCCUAGCGAACGUGAAGAUACCUGUUCCAGAAAAUCAGGAAGAAGGAGAUUCUAAGGGGAGCCUCCACUUGUAUUUGGCCAUUGGUGCAGUAGUGAUUUUAGUUAUCUGCAUAUUGUUCUUCGUAGGAUUCACACGACAUAAACUUCGUAAAGGUAUCAAACCUUCAGUAAACGACAUUUGAACUUGAUGUAGAACGUUCUACAGGUCCUUUCCAUGGGAACGUAAGAGAUUUAAGCAGUGGCCUUUUUUAAUUACCUAAAUAAAAAGGAGAGUUGGUCUAAAAUUCUCUUCUUAAAAACACAUAAUAGCUUGUUCCGGGCGUUCAAAAUGUCGAAUCCCUGAAACCGGGAUAAAUACAUGAUGACUUAUUGGCUAUCUAAACGUCAAGUCACAAAAACAAGAAAACACCAAAGUCAGAUUAUUUAGUCAGUCUUCAAAAAAAAAAAAAGCUCGUUUGCUUUCGAUGAAUUUGAGAGGAAGCAAAUGCCUAGUUUUCUUAUGUUAUGGACUGGAAGGAAUCAUCACCUCCACAGAAAUCUUCAGUUUCCUUGUUACUCUGGAAAUGGGAGUACUAAGACAAGCUUAAAUUGAGUUGAUCUUGAUAUAUUCAUCCUCAAGUAGGUCGAUUCUUAUAGCCUCCCCAAAACCCCACCGACCCCCCAAUAAAACGGGAGAAGAACCAAAGGGAUCUGCAGAUUCCCUUAACUUUAACUUUAUCUAAAACGUUUCCUUGUGUCGUCCCACAGGACCUUUAUUCAGCUGCAAGUCCGUAAUCAUACAAAGGUGUCCUCGUUGUCCUGGAUCAUCCAACUGUUGCCAUAGUGACUCCUUAUCAAGCGUCGCAGAAGUACAUGCAGAGCAGGUAGCGGUUUUCUCUUAAUUUGAUUUAGUUAUUUAAGUAUGCAGGAGCUAAACUAGAAACUGUAGAUUUAUAUGGCUGUUAUUCUGCUUGGUCAGUUUGUAGGUUGACAAAGCGACAGUACAAGUUAUGCUCGUAUUAGAGGCUAAUAGGUCCUUGCAUCGAGGAUUUUUUAUCGUCCAACCUUGUCAAAAGGGUCUUAUGUGACAGUCCUGCGAACCAUAAAACAGGUGAAAAAGAAGAAGCUAAAAAAGUGCUUUACUGAGAUCUCUUUCAACUAAAAUUUCUAGUUUUUAAAACUAAAGUUGAAGCUUCUGUUAAAAAAUAUAGUCCUAUCGUAUUUUUCUUACCAGCUGACAACAUGAAUCGGUUUUUAUUUUCUUUAUUGUGUGUUAAUUCGUUCAUUUUUCUUCAAAAAAGUUCAAUUUCUAUUUCAAACCAGAUAAACGAUAUUCUCGGUACUAGUGUUCGCCUGGUUCUUAGUACUGUUCAGUUUGUAGUCACCAUCUUUGAUUUUGAGAGCAUACGUGGAAUAUUAAGAAUAGUAGAAAGUCCUGAAAAUGCGACUAAGAGGAGGGACUUAAAUUACCUGUCUCUCUCUUUCCUUCCUCCAACUGGCUGGCACUGCAGACCAUGUGUGUUUACUCUGUAAUGAUUGAAAUUCAAUUGUUUCCAAAUGUCUUUGUAGGGUGACUGCAGGCCUCCUGCUAUUGUGCCUGUAAAAGAUUUUAGUGAAGGUGAAUUAUCCUGCGAGCCAACCCUAGUCACACAUGUUGUGGAAGUAGAUGUUCAUCCUACAGUUUUCGACUUGUUUCCCGCAAUAAGAGGACUGGACGACAGCUCAGGGUACUAUGCAAACUUACCUUAUAAAAGUGUUAGCAUGUAAUACUCUCGUAGUGUGAAAUCGGGGUGCGGGACCGGAUUAAUCAAGUAGUCAGUCGUUUGAAGAGUAGGUUACGCCCAGUUUUCUAUAAGUAGGAGAGCAAGGGGAUUGGGUUGGGGGGGAGGUGGGGGUGGGGGUUGAAAGAGGCAGUAAGAGGGCCAAUCUGUUUUGCGACUAUUAAAUAAUUUUACCCAUGUGUAGCCUGUAGCCUCAAAGCCUCAAUUUAAAUGCCUAACAGCUAACCUGAGUACACCUUUUCCUUCCUAUGGGUCAAUGGCGUUUAAUGGAUGCAACAAACGACGUUAUCGUUCAAGGUGUAACAUAAAAUGCCGUUUUUGUCUACUGUUGUCGACUCACGACUUCAAACGAACGCAAUUCUUGUUGUUGUUGUUGUUUGUUGUUUCUCUCCCAGGGCGUUCCUCAGUCCCGUCCCCCAGCCACGUUGUCUCUUACAAGUGGACUGUAAUUCUAACUUAAGAUUUUAUUCCCUAGAUCCUAUCCCCAGUACCUCGCACGAGCUGAAGCUACAUUUGACAGUUCCGGCGGAAGGUUAACAGCUGAAGACUCCAACGUGACUAUCAACGUGGAAAGCGGGGCAGUUCAUAAUGGCGUUUCCCAGCAAUUUUAUUUUGGUGUGGUCUACGAUGAUACUUUGCUGUUGCGUGAUAUCCCGGAAACGCCCGAAAGGUCGCUCAUCUCUCCCGUGAUUAAGUGUGGCCCUGACGACAUAGACUUGUUAAAGCCAGUAGAAAUCAUUCUACCACACUGCUUGUACAUGGACGAGGUCAAAAAGUCGUGGGUUAGUGUCUUCAGAUGUCGACAGUUCUCUGAAAAAGGUACGUUUUUCUUUCAGAAUAGAUCCUCUCAUGGGCGCCGUAUUUCUGAACAAAACAAUGAAACGGCGGCCAGUUUUGUGCAUAAAAACAAAUCCCGUGGGAAUUGAACUAUUCUCCACGCUGGACACGAAAAUACCAGAACUAACCAUUUUGGUCUUUUUUCUUUAACUUAACGCCGCGGUGACGGUGGAGAGGGAGACUUGCAGGCGUUUGAAAACACCUUUGGCUUUAUCACCAUUUUUACAUGAGCUGGUUAUUUACACUUGUAAAGGCUUCUGUCAGUGGAAAGGAAAAGAAACGUUUCCGGAGUACGAUCUCGUGUUUACCGCUAUUGAUUUGAUUUUAUUUUAAUAUAUUUUCAUUGACCUCGUCCGUUUAUUCAUGAACGCAUGUAUGAAAGUUUUUUAAAUGUGCGGUUUAGUCAUGAUUCUUUAAUCGCCAUGUUUAAUUUUUUAAAAGAUCCAAUGAACUGGGAGAGAGUACCCUCAGAAAAAGAGAAAACCUGUCAUUCCAAGGCUUGGUUUACAGUUAAAAAGGAUACGAUUCAUAUUAAAACCAAGACGUUUUCAUUCUGGAGCGUCUUCUGUUGCGGCGGCCCUAAAAGGAAAAGAGCAACGGUUUUUGUGAGCAAACCAAAUCCAGGGCGAAACUUGCUGCACCUCCGGUUUUACAUCUACAGCGACAACGAAGAUUCUAGAAAGGUAUGAUCGGGAGUGAUAGUAAGAAGUGUUUAUCAUAUACAGAGAAAAACCACCCUGGAUAGUGUGAGGACCCCCAAUAACAGCGCUAAAUUCCGCUUAAAUCGAGAUGGACUGUACCAAAAACGUACGGAACGGAACGGACUGUAAGGAGGUAGGAUUAGCGCAGUUGGUUAGUGCGCAGCCUUCUGUACGGGGGGUCCCGAGUUUGAUUCCCAGGUGUGACCUCAGUGACCUCAAAUCCUUCUUUCGACUUCUUUUCCUUCCGUGUAGCAUUAGGUAGCUUUAAAUACCCGUAAAACGGAACACUGAUGGAAAGAGCUCAUAGUGGCCUCAGGUUUUUUGUCAGAUGACUAUUUCGAGCUACCGACGUAGUAUAACCUGUUUUUUUUUUUGCAAAAGGCGCCAGCUAGUCCUCGCCUGCGUAUAGCAGAGGUCGAAAAGGGUUGGGGAGAAGGAAGGGAAAAGGGGAGGGGACUGGGGAGAGAAGGAAGAGUGACUUCCGUUUUCCCUUUCGCGCUCCCUCCUCCCCCAACUGUUAGUCCCAGUUUGACAAAGUGGACUAACUCUCAAAUUAAAGCGAAAAAAAAAUUACAAUAAAAAUAGUUAUUAAAAUGCGGUCCCUACGUCCAGUUUUUCCUGAAUCUGGGACGAAAUAUGCCCCAAAAUUGGCGGGUUAACCGUGCAAAUGGUAAACCAUCUCCGGUAUUUAUUCCAUUGUGUCCAGGCUUUGCUUUUGACAGGGCAGUUUUUAUCAAACAGUCACAAUUAUUGCUGUAUAAAAACGAAACAGACCACGAUUCAAGGUUGUUGUAUCUUGCAUUUUGGUAUUGCAAUAAUAAGCAUCCAGCUUGUUGAGCAAAAUUUUAAAAACAUCAAUUCUUGUAAUCUCUAAGUUGAUUGGUACAACGGACGACAGAAACUGCGAAACACUUCGCUUAUGACACUUCAAGCUGCCUGCAAAUGAUGCAGAAAGGGGAAGAAAUUACUUCCCUGAUUUAAAGAUAACAUAUCCAGUAUGCAAGUGUUCAGUUUCGAUGGUCUUUUACGUUGAAUACAGAGAAUGGAGAGAAAAGAGAAGGAGAAGUUUCCUGAUUCAAAGGCAUCAAUGGAAAAACCUUUCAAGAUGUACAAUGAUACCAAUGACAUCACCGUCUGGCUUAGACCAGAAGAACUUGCUAAGAAUGGCUGGGAACUGGAUCAGACUUACGCUACACAGGUAAAACCGGCAUACUAAGCAGUUUUCACUGUUGAAAUUCUAAUUAGUCAGUUCAUAGCAUUUGUAACCAAAACCAACAUUGUAGGUAAAAGAUUAGUAAAAGAUUUAAAGUUUGUUUAUAGUGGGAUGUGCUCGUAGCUUAUCCAGCUAGUUUACGGUCACUCCACUCAAAUAAUUCUGAUCAAAUAAUCCAAAUAGAACAUAACAGGAUUAAAAAACGCAACUGACAGCAGGUAUUUACAAGCAUGGCCGAGGAUUUGAACUCGGGUUAGCGACAACAAAUCCAGCAAGUGACCAGAGUGGGACUGCAACCCAGGACCGCCGGAUUGCAAGUCGGCGGAUGCGUUGACCACUCGGCCACGCUGCCUCUACAAGAAAACAAACUUGCUUUGCAAGCUUUUGGAUUUGAAUUCACAUUUGGCACCAACACUGAAUAACCUUAACUCCGUUGAUUGAACAACCCGUAUCAUGCGUAUUUGAAACAUGUCACAAUUGUACAGAAAUGGCCACCUACAAAUCCUGACAAUAUAUGAGAAAAGGGUAAAUCCGCGAUUGUCAAGGAGUUUUAACCACCCCAGUUUAUGACUCCUGUCCAAGGUAGUUAGUCCCCAAAAGCAUUUCACUUUUGCCUCACUAGACACACUAGCUCUGUGCAUCACAACCGAGUAUUGGUUGUCUCUUGUACUGUUUCUUGCAUCUUUUGACCUAGAAGCCAAACUUGCCGUUAACUUGCAUUACUAAUCAGUGUUCUAGUAUAAAAUUCGCUAAUGCUCAGAGGGGUUUUGGUUGCAGAAUAGCGUAACCCGCUACGCUGCGCGCGCAACAAGAACAAAUUGUAAUAAUUAUAAAACAACGUUUAUGUUUUGUGUCCUUUUUCAUGUAGACUUACUCGUAUGAUAUGGCUUACAAGAAUGGAUACCGCACGUAUGAAUCGUGUAGUUACGCAGUGAAUCCCACUAGAGCGAGCCUGGAAGGUGUAAAUGAUUUUUCUUGCAGUUUAUAUUUCCAGCAAGAAGAGCACCCGGAACACUUUAUUUACGUAAACCCAGGGAUUUCUCUGACCCCGCAGCAGGUAAAAGACACAUUAUUUUCUUGUUGGAGGGAGAAACUGAGGGUUAACUGAGCUAACCGGUUAGCUCAGUUGGUAGAGCGCCCGACUGUUGUGCGGGAGGUGUAGGGUUCGAGCCCCAGACCGGACCAACACUCAGGGUCUUAAAGUAACUAAGGAGAACAUGCUGCCUUUGCAAUGACAUCUGCAAAUGGUAAGAUGUUCUAGUCUUCUCGGAUAAGGAUGAUAAAUCGUAGGCCCCAUCUCCUGCAUCUUCAGUGUUAUGUAGUCAGCAGGGGACGUUAAAGAACCCAUGCACUUGUCGAAAAGAGUAGGGCACGGAGUUCCCGGUGUAGUGGUCUGGCCUUGUUUCACGGGUUGGUGCUUCACAUAGGGUUAACCUCAUUGCACCUUUCCCUACUUGGACAGAUUUGCCCAAGGAAAAAUGAGUAUAGUAUAGUCCUUCCCAACUUCCCAACGGCAGUCGCAUGUGCGCACGCGCGCAGCGCAUCUUGCUUUCCAAGAAUGAUUCCAUGACGUCUCUUGUAGAAAAACCCUAGCCCAUGAUCUUGUACAAAAACCCUAGCCCAUGAAAAUACUUUCUGGUGGAAAUAGUUUUGUUUGAGCGGUGCGUCUUGUGGUAGAUGAUGUGUGAGACAAUCAGCCGACGAGACAGAUAUAUUACCUAUAUAGUGAAUGCUCAACGCUGUUUUUUAAAGUUUUACACAUCAGUAUCAAACGAGUCAUUUAUUUUCAUGGCAGACAGCGAACUGGCACUACAAGGCAGGUUACGACAGAUGAGCUUACCUUUGAGCUUAUCAGUAACUUGUUUUUUCAUCUAAGUGCAGUUAUCUGAUGUUUGACGAACUCUAUCUUCUUACCCAAAGUUUAUGCCAUAUUUAACGAUUUUUUGACGCGAUCACUACUUUGCAGUUCUAUUAAACCUCUCACACAAAGACAUUUUUCUUUUUAGUCUCUUUUGCGUAAGCAGCGAGACUCAUAAUCUGUAACGCAGUUUUCCUCUUUUCUUGGACACAAAAGGGGGUCAUUGUGUCUUUAAAAAUACAAUUUUCUCUUUUUUUUGUUUGGUUAAUAUUGGUUUGAAAAUUUCGUCUGUAGACCUUCAAUGGAUAUCACGUCGAGGGCCCAGGCAGCGGUAAUAACAGCUCAGCAAGUGCAGCAGAGAACUUCAGCAGGGAACCUCAGUUCCCUGAAUCCUUCCAAGGUGUGUUUAUUUUCAUUUUCAAUCAUACUUUUAAAACAAAAACCAGUAAAAACAAAAUCAAAAUAGCCGAGUUGUUAAUAGCUACCUGGGCGUCCCUGCGUUAUGUGAAAUCCUGCAAGCUUAUUGGCUGUUUGGAGUGCGUUCGUGGCCAAUUCAAUAACGUGUGAUUUCAUGCGUUUGUGGCUUUUAUUCUUUGCUAUUUACUUGUACUUACCUGACCAACCGAUGAACUGUACAGAGAAAAUUUUGUCUCAACAUUGACUUUAAUUUGAAUUUUCCUUCUUUUGAGAGUCAAAGUCGGUUCUCUUUCCUAACGGAAGGCGUAUUUUAACCUUUCCUCCUGUUGCUGUCUUUUGCCAUUCAGAGCCCUGUCAAUAUUGAAAACAUAUUUACAGACUCAAGGGUUGUGCAGAUUAACUAGCAGAUGGAUUGGCAAGAACUCUAAUUAAUUUCUAUUCCUUUGAUAAUAGACGAACCAGUGACACAAGAAAUUUGCCUUAGUAUUUCUAAGGACAUCGGAGCUGACUGGAAGAACGUUUUGCGACAUCUGGGGAUGAAAGAAACAGCUAUAAAAAACUUGGACGAGGAUUAUAAGAACUGUAAUGUCGCUGAAAAGUGCUAUCAGGGGUUAAUAAAAUGGCAAACAGAGAAGGGCCCAGAGGAGGCGAGAACCAAACAACUCUGUGGAGCUCUGCAUGAGGCGAAUUGCCCAGAGGCAUUGAACACUUUGUUGUCGCGAGGAGGUAUGUGAUCACCUUACUCAUUUCCACUUGUGACCAGGCUCCUAAUUUACUAAGGCCUCAGCCAAAGUUAAGAUAUCUCUCUUAAGUAUUGUAUUUACAGUCAACUCUUUCGAAGACGGACGCUUUAGGGACCGACACCAAGUGUCCGUCUUAGAGAGGUGUCCAUGUUAUACUGAGGUUGUCAAAUAAAGGGAGUAAAGAAAUGCAGGGACCUACUCAAGGUGUCCGUUUUACAGAGGUAUCCAUCUUAUAGAGAUGUCCGUUAAGAGAGAGUCGAUUGUAAUUGUUACUUACUGUUAUGCGACAAAACCUCGUAAUCCGGAACCAAGCGGUCAAAGUUUGACAUUGUUUUGUCUUUCUUUUAAUUGAAUUGAGAGUACUCAAACCGAAGUAUAUCUAAGUACUCCCUUUUCCAAUAGCAUUAUAAAAUUUGUCUUUACCCAAAUUGAUGACAAUAUGUGCCCGCAAAAAAAACUAAAAAGAAAAUUUUUAAACAUGUGCUAAACUCACUCAGAAUAAAACUAAUUAAGUUUUCGCGAGUGAACCAUUUCCGCUUAUUUGUUGUCCAGAACUGAAAUCUUAUCUCCGGAUCAUAAUGGUUUUAUGCCUGAAAAAACUUUAUGAGUCCCCAUUGCAAGAAAGCGGAGCUUUGAAAGUCUGGUAAACGUGCUCAAAAUUUGUAGGAAUUCUCAAAAACGGCGUCCGACCACAAUAUUUGAAAGGUAAAUAAGAACUGAAAAGUGCGGUUGAGUCGUUACAUCAGUUUUUUUCUUUAUCCUCAGACGGAGGUAGGUCUGUCACCUCCGAGUCAGAGACACCCAACUGCACUCCGCUGCCGGCCGAGUGACAGGCUUAUCAUCAACCCCCGAGUUCGUUGAGGCAUGCGCAGAGCCUGAUUAGAGAGGAGACCCGGGACUGAGAAGUACAUAGAUCGGUUUAGGCCCUUCGAACACUGGCUGUACUCUCGGAUCAUCUUCCUUUUAACUUAAGAUAAGCUUAUCGCUUGUUAACUGCAACUUGAGGAUUAAAACUGGAGGAAUCCUCUAACUGAAACAAGCCGCGAGACUAUUUCCAAAAAUUAAGUAUGGCCUGGGUGUUAACUGAUGUCCUAGACUUAAUUUCAAUACCCUUAUCAACAUUCCCCUUUGACUAGUGAAAACGGGGUCGACAUAAGCAUAAGCUUAAGCACAAGGCCGUGGUCCAAUCAUACGCCACUUUGACCCAGACUUCGUGCGAACAUAUCAAAAGCAAUAUGGCGGACGAAGUGUCUGCUAUCUUCUUUAUGAUCGGGUUGAGGAGAGCUGGUAUUGAGAUUUGAGGCAAAUAUGCCAUUCUGCGCGUGCGUAUGUCCUUAUGCUUAUGCUUAUGCGCGCUAGUGAAAACCAGGCUUGAAGAGAGGCAGAUAGUUUGUUUAAAGACUAUGUAAAACUUGGAGUUACAAAAUAGGCAUGGUUCAAAUGUUUUGACGAAAAUGCCAUCUAAAAUACGCUUUCUGUGCUUGCAGACCUGAACAAGUGUAUAUUUUUGUAUUUAAUAAUCCACAUAUGCCGGGCGUUACUUGUAAAGUACGGCGGAAAUAGUUGCUUCUUCAUUUACUUGUGCAAAUUGCGACGUGGAAAUGGAGUACUUCUUACGGGAUAGUUAGACUGUAAUUACUGCAUAAACAAGUCCGCUAAUGGACAUCAUGAAGAGGAAAAGAUCAGAUCAUUUAUUUUCAACAUUUAUAAUUCUUCAAGCUCCCUUUAUUUUAUUUUAUUUUUUUAAAAAAGGAGAUACUUUUUAAUCAAAUUCUUGACAACUUAAAACUACCAAUAGCAUUUUUCCACCGAAUUUGUAAAUACACAUACUGCACUUCUUAUUCUUAAGCCUAUAAAAUGCUCCAAAAAUGAGUUUUUCGUGA